CGCCGGGCCUUCCGAGUGUCCAAGCCACAGCCGGGUCCCGAGGAGCCCGCGCCGCCGAAUCCGCGCGUGGCUUUCGCGCCUUCCGCCUUCGUGGAUUGCGGAGAGCUACCAUGUUCAACCAGCAACUCCAGCAGCAGCAGCUCCAGCAGCAGCAGCUCCAGCAGCAGCUGCAGCAGCAGCAGCUCCAGCAGCAGCAGUUCCAGCAACAGCAGCAGUUACUGCAGCUUCAACAGCUGCUGCAGCAGUCCCCACCACAGGCUCCCUUGCCCAUGCCUGUCAGCCGGGGCCUCCCCCAGCAGUCAUCCCCGCAACAGCUUCUGAAUCUCCAGGGCACCCACUCGGCCUCCCUGCUCAAUGGCUCCAUGCUGCAAAGAGCUUUGCUGCUGCAGCAGUUACAAGGACUGGACCAGUUUGCAAUGCCACCAGCUACGUAUGACAGUGCCGGCCUCGCCAUGCCCACGGCAGCAUUGGGCAACCUCCGUGCUUACAACAUGACAGCCCCGAGCCUAGCAGCACCCAGCCUUACACCCCCCCAGAUGGUCACCCCAAAUCUACAGCAGUUCUUUCCCCAGGCCACGCGCCAGUCCCUACUGGGUCCUCCUCCUGUUGGGGUCCCAAUGAACCCUUCUCAGCUCAGCCACUCAGGGAGGAACUCCCAGAAACAGGCAAGAACCACCUCUUCCAGCACCCCCAAUUGCAAGGAUUCUUUUUCCCAGACAGUGCCUCUGGGAGACAGGGAGGACCCCACAGAGGGGUCUGAAGAAGCCUCGGAGCUCCAGAUGGACACCCCUGAAGACCAAGAUUUGCUCGUAUGUCCAGAUGGCAUGGUGAGUGAGACCCCAGUGCCUGAGCCUGAGGCCUUUGAGGCAUCCGAACCAGCAGCCAAAAGGUCGAAAAGCUCAGAGGAGUCCACAGAGAAAGGGCCUGCAGGGCAGCCACAAGCAAAGGUCCAGCCUCAGACCCAGAUGACAGCACUGAAGCAGACACAGACCCCAGAGCGGCUGCCUGAGCCACCAGGAGCCCAAGUCCUGCCACAUUGCCAGCCACAGGUUGUGCAGAUCCAGGCCCAGGUGCAGCCAAGGCUGCAGAAACAGGCACAGACACAGACCUCUCCAGAGCACUUAGCACCACAGCAGAAUCAGGUACAACCACAGGUACAUUCCCAGCCCCCACGGCAGGUGCAGCCACAGGAGACAGACCCACAGAAGCAAGCUCAGACACGGACCCAGACACAGACACAUCCACAGGUAUCUGCCCAAGCACCGCCACAGGAACAGCUUCCAGGACAGAGGCAGGAGCAGACAUCAGAGAAGACCCAGGACCAGCCUCAGACUUGGCCACAGGGGUCAGCACCCCAACCAGAGCAAGCGUCAGUCCCGGCCUGUGCCACAGAACCACAGCCAUCAUCUGACGCUGCAGAAGCUGGGGGAGGCCCGGAGGAGGCCUUGCCAGAACCAGUAGGUGCCCAGAGCAGUGAAGACACGAGCCAGGAGGCAUCGGCUGUUGGCCUGGAUGUGGGAGAAUGUGAAAAAAGAGCAGGAGAGCUGCUUGGGAUGUGGGGGGCUGGGGGCUCCCUGAAGGUCACCAUCCUGCAGAGCAGUGACAGCCGGGCUUUCAACACCACACCCCUCACGUCUGGACCUCGUCCUGGGGACUCCACUGUCGCCCCUGCCCUUGCCAGCACGUCCUCCAAGCAGACCCUCCAGUUCUUCUGCUAUAUCUGUAAGGCCAGCUGCAGCAGCCAGCAGGAGUUCCAGGACCACAUGUCAGAGGCUCAGCACCAACAGCGGCUUGGGGAAAUGCAGCACUCGAGGCAGACCUGUCUGCUGUCCCUGCUGCCCAUGCCUCGGGACAUUCUGGAGAGAGAGGCAGAAGAGCCUCCACCAAAACGCUGGUGCAAUACCUGCCAGGUGUACUACAUGGGAGACCUGAUCCAGCACCGCAGGACACAGGAACACAAGAUCGCCAAACAGUCCCUGAGGCCCUUCUGCACCAUAUGCAACCGUUACUUCAAGACCCCUCGGAAGUUUGUGGAGCAUGUAAAGUCCCAGGGACACAAAGACAAGGCCAAGGAGCUGAAGACACUUGAAAAGGAGAUGAUAGCCAACCCAGAGGACGACCACUUCAUCACAGUGGAUGCCGUUGGUUGCUUUGAGAGUGAUCAAGAUGAGGACGAGGAAGAGGAGGAGGAGGAGGAGGAGAUUGAGGCUGAGGAGGAAUUCUGCAAGCAGGUGAGGUCAAGAGAUCCAUCUUUAGAGGAACGGAAGGGUUCAGAGACUUACAACCCCAACACGGCAUAUGGUGUGGACUUCCUGGUGCCCGUGAUGGGCUACGUCUGCCGCAUCUGCCACAAGUUCUACGACAGUAACUCAGGGCUGCGGCUCUCCCACUGCAAGUCCCUGGCCCACUUUGAGAACCUGCAGAAAUACAAAGCAGCCAAGAACCCCAGCCCAGCCAGCCGACCCGUGAGCCGCAAGUGUGCGAUCAAUGCCCGAAAUGCCUUGACUGCACUUUUCACCUCUAACAGUGGCAGUGGCCGCCCGCUCAGCCAGCCAAACCCCCAGGACACAGCGAAACUACCCAGCAAGUGCCCUCGACAACACAAAUAAUCACUUACUGAAUGAAUGCGUGAAUGGAUGAAUGAAUGAAGCUCUGGUUUCCGGUCCCUGCCUUUGCUCAACUGUCUACCACCUAGAAUUCAUCAACCACAGCAACCCUUCAAGGAUCAACUCAAAAUACCUCCUCCUCGGAGUCUUCCCCGUCCUCCUCUACAGUGGCUUCUGACCUGCCUCUUGGCAAUGCUGUGUCCCUUAGGACCCAAGGUCUGGGUCUGUGCCCACUGCGGGACCCAGUUCUGAGCCAGCCUGUGACUCAGAAGUACUCAGCUGCCAGCUUGGGACCAGAAGGGAAGUAGCUGGUGGAUUUAAGAAAAAGGCCCAG